AUGUAUUUUUCAUUCACACUAGCUCACAUUUCAGUUUUCAUUGCCUUGCCGUACACCUCCUGGGCAGCUCAUAUACCAGGACAUGCCGACAUGUUGCUCCAAAAACGCGGCGAUGGUUAUAAAAUCCAUGUGGCAAGAAGAGACAUGCUGGCCAUGAAUUGGAUGGAUCCAACCGACGAUCCCUCACAACAUACACACCUAAAACGUUCAGAUGCAUCCGAAUCCGAUGACCCAUAUGCUCCCGCUCAAAUGAAAAGUGAUGCCUUGACAACUUUGCUCUCUGGUGCACUCUCCACAAUCCCUGGACCAGACGAAAAACAAGAUAUGGAAGAUAAAGACGAUGACGGCAAAGUUGAGAAUCAUAUACCAGGCUACAAGGCUGCAACAGAACCGUUGAAUGAUCAGAUAAUCGACGAGUGGUCCCAGCUCAUAGGAGACUGUGACCAUAAUUCUUCCGUCGACCCAACGGCUACCUCGGCUUGCAAACAUCCUCGGGAUAAAGGUGAUGCGUAA